AUGUCUAAUUCAAAGGUGGUCUAUGAAGGAUGGAUGGUGAGAUAUGGACGCAGGAAGAUCGGGAGAUCAUUUAUCCACAUGCGGUAUUUCGUGCUCGAGUCUCGGUUAUUGGCCUAUUACAAGAAGAAGCCCCAAGGGAGUGUGGUACCGGUCAAUACACUUGUUAUAGAUGGCAACUGUAGGGUGGAGGACAGAGGAUUGAAAACUCACCAUGGACAUAUGAUUUAUGUUCUCUCUGUCUAUAACAAGAAAGAUAUUUGCGAUGGGAUGACGAUGGCAGCUUUCAACAUUCAGGAGUCACUCAUGUGGAAAGAAAAAAUUGAAUCUGUUAUUGAUCAGCACCAAGAAUCGCAAGCUACUGAUGGGAGUAAUUACCAUUCCUUUGAGUACGAAUCGGGCGUGGACAAUGAAAAAAAUGUUUCGUCAUCUGACAAUGAAAGCCAGUUUAGCGCUGCAGAAGAUGAAGAACUUUCGAAAUCAAAUUCAAUGCGCAGAACAACUAUAGGUAAUGGUAGUUCCCCCCCCCCAUUACCUUCUUGCUUUGCUGCAAAUUAUUCAUAUUAUUUUCUUCUGGCAGGUCCUCCUAAAUCUGUAUUUGACUGGUCAAAGGAAUUCGACUCGUACUUGCCUAACGAAAGUUCUAACAAUCACUCGUUUUCCGGAAAGUAUUGGCGCCUUCUUCAGUGCCAAAAUGGGCUUCGGAUUUUCGAGGAGCUUCUUGAAGUGGAUUUUCUUCCAAGGAGCUGUAGUAGAGCAAUGAAAGCCGUAGGAGUAGUAGAGGCGACUUGUGAAGAAGUAUUCGAGCUUGUAAUGAGCAUGGAUGCAGCUCGAUGCGAGUGGGAUUGUAGCUUCCAAUACGGCAGCUUAGUCGAAGAAGUAGAUGGACAUACUGCAAUACUAUACCACAGGCUCCAACUAGACUGGUUUCCAACAUUUGUAUGGCCUCGUGACCUCUGCUAUUUGCGCUAUUGGCGCCGAAAUGACGAUGGGAGUUAUGGUACAUUUUUUUUUUCGAAGACUUUCUGCUUCUGCAUUUGGCGUGCACUUAAUUUUGAAACCCAUUUUUCUUGUGCAGUUGUGUUAUUUCGUUCGAGAGAGCAUAAGAAUUGUGGUCCACAACGAGGAUUUGUACGGGCUCAUAUUGAAAGUGGAGGGUUCAAUAUAUCGCCUAUGAAGCCUCGUGGUGGGAGCCCGAGAACACAAGUUCAACACUUGAUGCAAAUCGAUUUAAAAGGCUGGGGAGUGGGUUAUAUGUCUUCUUUUCAGCAACACUGUCUUCUCCAGAUGUUAAAUAGCGUUGCAGGAUUACGUGAAUAUUUCUCACAAACCGAUGAAAGACCCGUGGCUUCUAGGAUCCCAGUUAUGAUUAAUAUGACAUCGAUAUCCAAUUCUUCAAAAAGUCAAAGCCCGCGGUUAUCCUCGGUUGACCACCAAAAUGGCACGGUUGAUGAUCAAAUGCAUGCAGCAAAUCGACAUUCUGUGUUGAUGGAUGAGUACUCCGACGAGGAUGAAGAUUUCCAGUGUGCUGAUCAAGAGGUUCGAAAAAAAAAAAAAACUAAACUGCAAUGUUUUGGUAAAUAUGAAGCUUCUGAAGAAGAACCUCAAGAGCAAGUAGACGUGUCGAUUUUCUCGGGUAAUAUCCGGCGUGAUGAUCAAGAUAAUGCACGUGACUGUUACACGUUAUCUGACGGGAACAACUUUAGAGUUCGUGGCAAGAACUUCUGCCAGGACAAAUCGAAGACUCCUGGCGGGAAGCAUCUUAUGGAUCUUGUUUCUGUCGACUGGUUCAAAGAUACGAAGAGGAUGGAUCACGUGGCGAGGCGAAAUGGUUGUGCAGCACAAGUCGCGUCCGAGAAAGGACUUUUUUCCAUCGUUUUUAAUCUGCAAAUACCGGGCUCGACUCAUUACAGCAUGGUUUUCUAUUUCGUAGCUAAGGAAAUAGUAUCGGGAUCUCUUUUGCAAAGAUUUGUCGAUGGCGAUGAUGAUUUUCGCAACAGUAGACUGAAGCUUAUUCCCUCAGUUCCAAAGGGCUCGUGGAUUGUACGCCAGAGUGUGGGAAGCUCGGCUUGUUUGCUCGGAAAAUCAGUCGAUUGCAACUACAUCCGUGGUGCAAAUUACUUGGAAGUUGAUGUUGAUAUUGGUUCGUCUACUGUGGCAAAAGGAGUUCUGGGGCUUGUAAUUGGCGUCAUUAAGACACUUGUAGUCGACAUGGCAUUUCUCGUGCAGGGAAACACCCCAGAAGAGUUGCCCGAACGUGUAAUUGGCGCAGUUCGAAUUUGUCAUUUAGAACUAUCGUCGGCUGUAGAACCGAUGCUCAACCCGGAGCCUUCAGAUCCACCCAAGCCAUGA